AUGGACCCGGAAGUCAUGGCGGAGUCCCCUCGCGCUCUGGGUCCGGGUUCGUCGUCGGAGCCGGGGCCCUGCCCGCCGCCGUCCCCCCGGCCCCUGGCCCCGGGCUCCGCGACCCCUCGACGGGGCGCCCCGGGUGCCGGCGCGUCUCGGAAGCUGGCCGAGGCGCGCAGCGGCCAGUACGGGCUGAACGUGCUGGUGGCCGGGCUGCUGCUGCUGCUGGCCUGGGCCGUGCACGCGUCGGGCGUGGGCAAGAGCGACCUGCUGUGCUUCCUGACGGCGCUCAUGCUGCUGCAGCUGCUGUGGAUGGCGUGGUACGUGCGCCGCAGCGCCGCGCACCGCCGCCUCUUCCGCCUGCAGGACGCGCACGCGGGCGCGCGCUGGCUGCUUGGUAGCAUCACCUUGUUUGCCGCCAUCACCAUCGUCCUGGGGUGCCUGAAGAUUGGCUACUUCGUUGGCUUUUCAGAGUGUUUGUCGGCCACUGAGGGUGUGUUCCCAGUCACCCACGCCGUGCACACGCUGUUACAGGUAUACUUCCUCUGGGGCCACGCCAAGGACAUCAUCCAGUCUUUCAAAACCCUGGAGAGGUUCGGGGUGAUCCACUCGGUGUUCACCAACCUGCUGCUGUGGGCCAACGGGGUCCUGAACGAGUCCAAGCACCAGCUCAACGAGCACAAGGAGCGGCUCCUCACGCUGGGCUUCGGGAAUGUCACUGUCGUCCUCGAUGACCACACGCCUCCCUGCAACUGCAGCCCACCGGCCCUGUGCUCGGCCGUGUCCCACGGCAUCUACUACCUGUACCCGUUCAACAUCGAGUACCAGAUCCUGGCGUCCACCAUGCUCUACGUGCUGUGGAAGAACAUCGGGCGCCAAGGGGACGCCCCCCGCCACGGGAAGCUGCGCUUCAGGCUCCGCGGGGGCGUGGUGGGCUCGCUGCUGGGCCUGGGCGCGCUGGCCGCCACCAUCGGCGUGGUGGUGCUCUACCUCGUCCACAUCGGCCGCUCGCGGAGCAGGAGCGAGGCGGCGCUCGUCAUGUUCUACGUCUACGCCACCGCCCUGCUCGUGCUCAUGGGCGCCGCCGGCCUGCUGGGCCUCCGCAUCUACCAGGUGGAAGAGGCGGCGCUGGACGAGUCCAGGAACCCUGCCCGCAAGCUGGAUGCCGACCUGCUGGUGGGCACCGCCUCGGGGUCCUGGCUCCUGUCCUGGGGCUCCAUCCUGGCCCUGCUCUGCGCCGAGGCCUGCCCACUGCACGCCUGGUACAACCUGCCCUACUCCAUCCUGGUGAUCGCCGAGAAGUACAUCCAGAACGUGUUCAUCAUCGAGUCCGCCUACCGCGAGCCGGCCAGGCUGUCCGAGGCCAUCCGCACACUGCGGGUGGUCACUGUGUGUGGCCCCAAGGCCCCGGUCGCCGGCUCCUCCGGGUCCCCCAGCCUUGAGGUAGCCUCGGCCACCAACAGGAAUCUGCCCCUGGGAGAAGGUGGUGGCAGCAGCAAGGGGCCCAAGGAGAGGCCCUGGCCCCGCGCCCCCUGCCUGGCCUGCCUCCCCCGCUUCCUGGACGGUGAAGCCAAGAGGAGGCUCCUGCGGAACAUCGUGGCCUUCCUGUUUCUCGGCAACAUUUCGCUGUGGAUCCCCCCCGCCUUCGGCUGCCGCCCCGAGUACGACAACGGGCUGGAGGAGGUGGUCUUUGGCUUCGAGCCCUGGAUCAUCGUGGUGAACCUGGCCAUGCCCUUCUCCGUCUUCUACCGCAUGCACGCCGCCGCCUCGCUCUUCGAGGUCUAUUGUAAGAUCUAGUCUGGGCGCACUGCCGAGGUGGGCAGGUGGCCGGGCCUGCCCACCUGGGAGCGGGCAGCUUGGGCAAACAUCGCCUCAGUGAUCGGGGCCGCCUUUUGUCUGCACGGAUUGUUUCCCCGCGUGCCAAGUGCAAACAGGUCUGAAGGAGCCGGAGCCGGGGUCCCUCCUGGCCGUGUCAUUCCUGUGAGAUCUCCGCGCUCCCACGGCCCGAAGGAACCCGCAACUGCAGAGAAGCCCCCUGGGCUGGCCAAACCCGACUCCUGCCUGCCGCUCUUAGAAGGGGUUUCCGGUUCUCAGGGGACCUUGGCCCGCGCCCCGGGCCAUCUGCCCAUUGCCACCUUUCGGCCCUGCGCUUCUUCCCAGAGCAGAUGCGAUUACCGUUAGUCUUCCCUGCCUCUUCUGGGUGUCGGCUUUGCUUUGGGGAGAGAGCUGUUCUGCCCGCGGGGGUGGA